AGCCUGUCUGGGAUGUCCAAAGUCAAGGCUGCACCCCCACCAGGGUGCACGAUCAACAUUAAUGACCCUCAAGUACAAGAAGCAGCAAUCCGCAUCCAGGCUUCAUACCGGGGGCAUCGGUCAAGAAAGGAGCUUCGUGAAAGGGGGCCGCCAAAGUUUCUGCAGGAGCUGAAGGAUGUACUUCUGGUGGAAGGAAGUGCUGCAAAACUGGAAUGCCGAGUCAGCGCUUUCCCUGACCCCUUCAUCGUCUGGUUGAAGGACGGGAAAGAGCUAAAAGAUGGACCUAAAUAUCGCUAUGUGUUUGAGGACCCUGAUGUUGUAGCACUUGUGGUGCGGGACGGGGAACUGGCUGAUCUGGGCAGAUAUACCGUUACUAUCAAAAACCCCUUUGGUCAGACGUCCGGUUCUGCCUGCAUCACAGUGGAGGUUCCUGCUAAAGUUAAUAAGGGUCCGGACAGUGUAAAAGGCAAGAGAGGGACCACGGUGGUGCUGAAGGCCGAUAUCAGUGGGGAACCGCCCCCCGAUGUUGGCUGGCUCAAGGACGGAGAUGAUAUAGAAGAAGACGAAAGAGUAUAUUUUGAUGUGGGAGACACGAACACCAUCCUGACCAUCAAAAACGCACGGCCGUCAGACUCAGGAAAGUACGAGGUGUUUGUGGAAAAUAACCUGGGAACAGACCAGUCUUUCGCUCGAGUGGACAUCCUGUGA